ACCGAGAUGGAGAAACUCCGGAAAACACCCUCCAGCCGCCUGAAGAGACUAUNCUCGGAGAUCCAGACGAGCAGCGACACACACAGAAUGAAGCGCGGUCAGCAGCGUGUGGAUGAAGCGGAGCCCGGCGGCGGCCCCGGAGACCCUGAGCUCUGCAAGCGGCUGCGCUGCGACUCUGAGGACGGAGACGGACCUGUGGACUGGGGUCAGCUGCCCCAGGAGAUCCUGCUGCAGAUCCUGCAGUACCUGCCGCUGCUGGACCGGGCGAUCGCCUCGCAGGUGUGCCACCGCUGGAACCAGGCCUUCCACAUGCCGGAGCUCUGGAGGUGCUUCGAGUUUGAGCUCAACCAGCCGGCCAGCUCCUACCUGCAGGCCACACACCCCGAGCUGAUCAAGCAGAUCAUCAAACGGCACGCCAACCACCUGCAGUACGUCAGCUUCAAGGUGAGAACACACACACACACACACACACAGCUUACACAACCUACAUUUACUCCUGUGUGUGUGUGUGUGUGUGUGUGUGUGUGUGUGUGUGUGUGUGCUGACAGUGCUGUUCAUGAUUCUGUUGUUGUUUUGGAAUAAACCCUGUGAUGACUCCUGA